AUGGUUCGACGUGUUGCUGUCAUCGGAGCAGGAAGCUCCGGUCUGGCCUGUAUCAAAGUCUGCUUGGAUGAAGGCUUGGAGCCUGUCUGCUUUGAAAGCAGUGACGACAUUGGUGGUCUGUGGAAAUUUAAAGCGGGACACACCACUCUACAGGUGAAGCCAUGUUACUUAAUCACACCCUGCAUGGAAGAACUAUUGGACAGAAAGCCUCUGAUUAACGAUGAUCUUCCAGGCCGGAUUCUUCACGGAGCUCUUGUCAUGAAGCCUAAGAUCCGAGGGUUCAAGGAUUCAGGCGUCAUAUUUGAAGACGGCACAGUUGAAGAAAACAUCGAUGCUGUGAUCUUUUGCACUUCUAAUUCUUGCCUUCUGCUCGGGAAGGGUUUCGCUCGUCUUCCAUGGAAGCAGAAAAUGCUGGAAGCCGUAGAGGUCGAGAGGAGGUUAAACAUUCACAGAAGAGUGUUUCCUCCGUCUCUACAACAUCCCACGCUGGCCAUCAUGGGUCUGUUCCAAACAAAGGGACCAAUUAUGCCAACUGUGGAGAUGCAGGUUCGCUGGGCAGUUAAGGUAUUUUCAGGUUUCGCCCGUCUUCCAUCGAAGCAGAAAAUGCUGGAAGCCAUAGAGGUCGAGAGGAGGUUAAACAUUCACAGCUACCCUAAUCCUCAACAAGCUGUUCUCCAAGUGAAUUUCAUCCAAUACUUGGAUUUCAUGGCCAACGAGAUUGGUGUUAAACCAAACCUUCUGAGACUAUUCCUAACAGACCCAGUCCUCUGGGUAAAGGUCUUCUUUGGUCCCUGCACUCCCUACCAGUAUCGCCUCACUGGGCCCGGACAGUGGGCAGGAGCCAGACAGGCUAUCCUCACACAGUGGGAACGGGUUGCUAAGCCUUUUAAAACCAGAGUGGUACAAGAACCAGAGGCGCAGAGGUCUUUGCUGCGUUCUCCCUGGUUAAUGGCAUGCGCAGCAACUACUGUCAUGGCAUUGCUUUUGUCAAAUAAGAUUGUCCCACUCGCCCAACAUGCUUCUCAGGUGCUGGACAGCAGCAGCAGGUUUCUUUGGGACUAGAAGCCCACAGACUGGCUUCAAAAGUUAGUUUAAAUUCAUCACCAUGUAGGAGAUGAAAAAAACAACAUAGAGGCAGGUGCAUUAAAAGAGAAUGCAGUGUAAAUCGGAUCAGCUUCUCAUGAGUUUGUCUUAUUUUAUGCUUGUUUGCAGUUACUAUUCAAACAUCAAAUAAAAAAUACCAUUCUAAAAAUCAAACCACUGUAUAUUGGCUUUGGGGUUCCAUUGCAUGUCACAGUUUGUUACUAUGAGUAAAUGAGGAUCCAGCAAUGAGUUGAACCUCAGGUGAGAAUCACUGCAAAUUAUUUUUAUGUGAUUGGAUAUAGCAGCAUUAUGGGAUAAUGCACAGUUUGACUGCAGCAUACAGCUGUGCUUGAAAGUUUACAUUCCUCGCAAUGAAGA